AUGUCUUCCCCUCAACCUAUCUCCCUCAACAAGUUAUCCUUGGAAACCAAUGACAAUGCUGUCAGCACUUCUCCAACCCAGAACUACCUCAACCUCUCCCACUCAAACUCAAACCGCCGUCAGUCUCUUAAGCCAGUCAAGCCACUCAAACCUUUUAUCAAAGGAGACAUCAAGAUCUUGCUUCUCGAAAAUGUUAACACUACUGCCAUUUCUAUUUUGGAAAAACAAGGUUACCAAGUGGAAUUCCACAAGACCUCUUUGCCAGAAGAUGAGCUCAUUGAAAAAAUCAAAGACGUUCAUGCAAUUGGUAUCCGUUCUAAGACUAAAUUGACCGAAAAGGUCUUGAGCCAUGCCAAGAACUUGGUUGUUGUCGGCUGCUUCUGUAUUGGUACCAACCAAGUUGAUCUUGAGUAUGCUGCCAAACAAGGUAUUGCCGUGUUCAACUCGCCAUUCUCCAACUCCAGAUCCGUUGCCGAAUUGGUCAUUGGAGAAAUCAUUUCCUUGGCCAGACAACUCGGUGAUAGAUCCAUUGAAAUGCACACUGGUACCUGGAACAAGGUUAGCAACAAGUGUUGGGAAAUUAGAGGUAAGACCCUUGGGAUUAUUGGUUACGGUCAUAUUGGGUCUCAAUUAUCGGUUAUGGCUGAAUCCUUGGGUAUGAAUGUCUUGUAUUAUGAUGUCAUCACCAUCAUGGCAUUGGGUAACUCUAAGCAAGUGAGCUCCCUCGACGAAUUGUUGAGAAAUUCUGAUUUCGUCACCUGUCAUGUUCCUGCUACCGCAGACACCAAAAAUUUGAUUUCCACCCCUCAAUUCUCCAUUAUGAAGGAUGGCUCAUACCUUAUCAAUGCUUCUAGAGGUACUGUCAUUGAUAUCCCUGCUUUAAUUAAAGCCAUGAAGUCUGGAAAGAUUGCCGGUGCUGCUUUGGAUGUUUUCCCUCAUGAACCUCCUAAGAAUGGUGCUGGUCUUUUCAGCAAUGAAUUGAACCCAUGGGCCAGCGAGCUUGUGUCUUUGAGAAACAUCAUUCUUACCCCUCACAUUGGUGGUUCCACAGAAGAAGCUCAAUCUGCCAUUGGUGUCGAAGUUGCCACUGCCUUGACCAAAUAUGUUAACGAAGGUAUUUCGAUUGGUGCAGUCAACUUCCCAGAAGUUUCCCUUAGAUCGCUUGAUCUUGACCAAGAAAACUAUGUCAGAGUUCUUUAUAUCCAUCAUAACGUUCCAGGUGUGCUUAAAACCGUUAACCAUAUCUUGAGUAACCAUAACAUCGAAAAGCAAUUUUCCGACUCUCGUGGGGAUAUUGCUUACCUUAUGGCUGAUAUUUCUAAUGUCAGUACUGAUUCCAUUGAAAGCUUGCACAAAGAGUUGAACGAUACUCCAUACAAGAUUCUCAUUAGAUUAUUGUAUUAA